UGGAAUAGAAGUUUAGUUUUACGCUAAAUGUGAGUUCAGAUCAGGUCACGCCUGGUCACGGCGCAUGUGCCCUGGGUCUGCGGGAUAGCACGUUGUCGCACGCCGGUUUCAGGACUUUAAAUCCCCGCCAUGUCGUCUAACGCCGUCCCCAGCGUCAUCUACCCCUACAUCUACGGCUUUCUUAAGGACCACAAGUUCGAUAAAGCGGCGCAAUGGUUCCAGAAGCAGACCGGAAUGAAACUUCAGGCCCCGGAUGAAGAGCAGCCCACAGUGGAGGACUGGUUUGAAAUGUGGCAAAAGUCACCUGACAGUGCCAAGAAGAGAAAAAGGACAGGCACACCCCAGGCCAAACCAGCCGUCAAACGACAGAAAAAGGACUCCUCCUCCUCCUCUAGUAGCUCAGAUGACGAGGAGGACAAACCAGCUCCGCCCAAAACACCAACCCCUGUGAAGAAAGCAGAGAGCAGUUCAGGCUCUGAGUCUGAUGACGAAAGUUCGGACAGCGAAGCAGAAGCCAAGAAAGUCACUCCUGCUCAAAAGAAGGCAACGCCAGCCAAGAAGAAGGCCACCCCUAAACAGAAGACAACCACUCCUGCAAAAAAAGCGACUCCUGCAAAAGUGACUCCUGCAAAGAAGACAGCUACUCCAGCAAAGAAGCAAGCGGCAAAGGAAGAAAGCUCUUCAGAAUCUGAUAGCAGUUCAGAUGAAGAGGAAAAACCACAAGCUAAGGCAACCCCUACCCCAAAGAAGGAGACAGGAGUAAAGAGAAAAAAGGAAAGCUCUUCGGAGAGUAGUUCUUCAUCAGAAAGUGAGGAAGAGCCUGCAAAACCUGCACAGUCCAAACCAAGCCCAAAACCACCAGCCAAGAAACAGGCCACACAAGAAAGCAGUAGCUCUGAAUCAGACUCAAGCUCUGAGGAAGAAACUGCCAAAAAGCCUGCACCAGCUACAAAAGCUGCUGUUAAAAGACCAGCACCAAAGAAAGAGAGUUCAUCUGAAGAAUCUGACUCAUCAUCUGAUGAAGAAGAAUCCUCCAAGACAACAAAACCACCUCCUGCCAAGAAAGUUGUAACACAAGUUCAAAAGAAGGAAGAAAGUUCCUCUAGUGACUCAAGCUCAGGGAGCGAAGAAGAAGAAAAGCCAUCUGGAAAAGUUGUUCAGAAGACAGCGGCAGGUAAGCAGAAGGUUGAAUCUUCAAGCUCUGAGGAAAGUAGCUCAGAAAGUGAAGAAGAGUCCAAAGUCAAGGCAGUGACGGCCAAGACAGGAGCAGCAAAAACUGUCCCAAAGAAAAAAGAUGACAGCUCAAGCUCCUCUGAAUCAGAGAGUGAAGAAGAAAAGGCACCGGCUACGGCACCAGAAAAGACACAAGCAAAUAAAAAGAAAGAAUCCAGCUCAGAGGAAUCAAGCUCAGAAGAGUCAAGUUCAGAGUCAGAAGAUGAAUCUGCCAAAAACAAAGGAAAACCGGCAGCUUCAAAGCCAGCCCCCACACCUGCCACAAAGAAAACACCAGUGAAGAAAGAUGAGUCCAGUUCAUCUGAGGACUCUUCAGAAGAUGAAGAAACACAAGCAAAGACCACUCCUAAGGUUGCAACUAAAGCAGCGGCCAAGAAAGCAGAGUCAAAUUCCUCAGAAGAAAGUUCUGACGACAGUAGUUCAGAUGAAGAAACCAAAACACCAGCUACAAAAACACCUACAAAACCAGCUGUCAAUAAAACACCUGUGAAAAAGGAUGAGUCAAGUUCAGAGGAGUCUAGUGACUCAGAAGAGGAGGAAAAGAAACCUGCUGGAAAAACAGCACCAAAGGUGAAUGGAGUCGCCAAGAAAGCCAAAGCAGACAGCUCUUCAGACUCGGACAGUUCCGACAGUUCUGAGGAAGAGAAGGAGGCUCCCAAACCCAAGACACCCACUCCUGCAUCUACAGAGAAAAAGCCUACAGCCAAUGCUAAGAAAGCUGAGAGCAGUUCAUCAGAAGAAAGCAGUUCAGAAGAAGAGGAGAAAAAGACUCCAGCCAAGACACCGGAGCCCAAGACCCCCAAGACUACUCCUUCCAACCAACAGGCAGAGAAGAAGACCCCAAACACAGUACCCAAAACAAAGAAACAGCAAGAAAAGAAGAACACCCCUUUCCGGAGGGUACGUGAAGAAGAGGUUGAAAUUGACCCACGUCUGCAGAACAAUGCCUUCGAGUCCAAGGGAGGCGAUGCAUGGGGUGCCAAAGCCAACAAGGACCUGAAGUUCACCAAGGGAAAAUCCUUCAGGCACGAGAAGACCAAGAAGAAGCGGGGAUCCUACCGUGGUGGUCCUAUAGACAUGGGGGUUAACUCUAUCAAGUUUGACUCAGAAUAAAUAAAAUCAUUGAAUGAUACCUCUGUCAAAAAUGUUUGAGAAUUUAUGUUGAUGUUCUUUUCCCUUGAUUAUUUUACUUUUAACAAUUAGAGAAUGUUCUCAAGAAGUUUUGUUUUUGUUCUGUCAAUGGAUAUUUUAAUGGUAGAUUGUAAGAUGAUUGUAGGAUGAAUUAACGUUUAAUACUGUUAAAACAAACACUGUUAUUAUGUUACAGUAGUUAGUAUGUGUUGUUUAACUAUCUAGUGAUUUACUAGUGAUAUCUAGUCACCUUAUGAAGGGAUUUAUAUGGAAUGUACUGGUACUAAUUUGCAGCCUAGGCAAUAGUGUAUUUACAAUGGCAACAUUUGAUGAAAACUUUAUAAUUCUGACAUGGAUUAUGUCCUAGACAAAAUGGUUUAAUUUUCUGAAUGAGCAGAAAUGUACACAUGUACUAGCAUUCAAUUUCGUAUAAUGCAUAUCAGUGCCAACUUGAAUAGGCCACAGAAUUCUGACUGCAUGACACUCCAAAACUGAUAUGAGAGUGUAAAGGAAAACCAUCUACCGGCGACCGGUAUUUUAUUCUUGUACUUGUAGCAAACAAGUUUGAAAUGAUGUUUUCUUGAAUUUUGUAGAAUCAUUGGUUAAGCCCUUAGUUGAACUGUUGAACUAAAGUGUAUUGUGCUCAAACUAGCAUCUUGACUUGUGGCAACUAGUUACCUGGUUAAGAGCAUUGUUGUACCAUUCAGGAUUAUUCUAAUCUAAAGGGUUAGGAGAGAAAUACAGUAUUUCUUUUUAUGGGGGAUGGGAGGGACAGCUCAUCUCAAAUCAUGACUGUGUGAUAAUGGUAUGAUAUGAUGCUGAUACAGUAGAAACACAUGUAUAAAGCCUUGAUUGAAUCAAA